AUGGCGUUCUUCUCCCGGCCCGCAUCCGCCAGUGCAGCCGUGAAGAUCGUCGCGCCUUCUUCCAUAUCCAACGACACCCCGCGGCCGGGUCCUAUCGCCAACUCCACUUCUACCUCGGGCUCGGGGGCGGGGACGAUUACGCCUAAGAAGGAUACGACGAAGCGCGAGUGUAGGAAUAUACAUAUUUACGGAUCGUGCAAGUUCCAGGAUAAGGGGUGUACGUUCUAUCAUCCGCCCGCUGUUGAACCCUUCCGGCCUACGACGCCGCCGAACGCGAGUUCUUCUGUACCUGUACUCCCCGACACGCCCAGCCGCGCGCUCGCUCAAGCCGUCAACGCGCCUGUGUUCGUGCCCAAGACGGGCCCUACGAGUCCUCCGCCCGUCAAUGCGAUCCGCGCGCGGUCGCAGACUCCAACGACGCUAAGCGACUCGCCGCCAUUGACGGAGUACAACGACUCGACGUACGAUCCGAACCGAUAUCUGUAUCACGGUGAUGGGAGCGAGCCUACGUAUCCCGAGGGCGAACAAGUAUAUGCGGAGGGCGAGUACGGUGCGGACGGGGAGGGGCAUUAUCAGAAUAUGGAGUACGGCGAGUACGAUCACGGGAUGGACUAUUAUCCCCAAACCACAUUCGUCCGUCAACCCCUGAACUACCACCUCUACGCCCUCCCGCCCUCCUCGCCGCCCUCCAGCCACUUCAUCUCCAAAACCCUGCGCACCGACCUCCAGCUGCGGUCCGAGACGCUGCACACGGCGCCCGCGCCGGGCCUGAACCUGCCGGAGGAGAUCAACGGGUACCACACGCUCGUGCCGCUGGAGAGCACGCAGGGCGAGCGGCGGAAGUUUGGGGGGUUCCCGAGCACGGUGUAUCGCGCGACGGGGAAGGACGGGCGGGGGUACGUCCUGCGCCGGGUCGAGAACUUCAGGCUGAUGCACGAAUCCGCCUUCAAGCCCAUCGAACAAUGGUCCGCCCUCACGCAACCCAACAUCAUCAAACUGCACGAAGCAUUCACGACCCGGUCCUUCUCCGACAACUCAGUCGUCUUCGUGUACACGUACCACCCCACCGCGCGCACGCUCUACGACGCGCACCUCAAACAUCGCCCCAACGGGCCGAACGGCAAGCCGGCCUUGUUGCCCGAGCGCACGAUGUGGAGCUAUGUGAUUCAGGUCGCCGGCGCGGUGAGGGCCGCGCAUGAGGCGGGCCUGGCGCUGCGGGUUGUGGAUGUGAGCAAGGUGCUGCUCACCGGCGCGCACCGGGUGCGCGUGAGCGCCGUGGGCGUCGCGGACGUGCUGGGCUACGGCACGCCGGCGCACACAGCAGCAGCACAACAAGACGACCUGGCGAUGCUCGGCCGGCUGAUGCUCACGCUGUGCACGGGCAGCGUGAACGCGGUGCAGAACAUGCCGAAGACGAUCGAGUUUGUCGGGAAGCAUUAUAGUGGCGAUGUGAAGACGGUCGCGCUGUUUCUGUUGAGCGGGCAGCAGAAGCAUGUGGGGCAGGUGUUUGAGAUGCUGGGGAGUCGGUUGUUGGAUGAGCUUGAUGAGGCGCAGAACGCGAUCGACCACCUCGAGUCGAACCUCUACUCCGAGCUCGAGAACGCCCGGCUCUUCCGCCUCCUCGCCAAGCUCUCCUUCAUAAACGAGCGCCCCGAGUUCGCGCGCGACGCGCGCUGGUCCGAGACCGGCGACCGCUACAUCGUCAAGCUCUUCCGCGACUACGUGUUUCACCAAGUUGACUCUACACAAGGGCAGGGGGAGGGGCGGCCGGUGCUGGACAUGACGCACGUGCUGAGCUGCCUGAACAAGCUCGACGCGGGGACGGAGGAAAGGAUGUUGCUUGUUAGCAGGGACGAGCAGAGCGUGCUGGUUGUUAGUUAUCGGGAUGUGAAGGCGUGUGUUGAGGCGGCGUUCGCGGAGCUUUCGCGCCGCUGA